CACCAGGCUUCUGUUACAACGGGGGCACCCAUGAUGGCAUCAAGUGUCUCUGCACCCCCAUCUUCUAUGGACCCUUGUGCGAGUUCUCCACUGAGUCCAUUGACACCAACCUCCCGUUCCCAGGGACCAUCAUGGCACAAGCGGAGCUGAACGUUACCGUCACCAACUUCAACUUCACCAAGGACCUCUUGGACCCCACAUCCGAGGCCUAUGGGGCCUUUGAAGAGCUAUUCCAGAGGGAGUCGAUGAGGAUCUAUGGGACCACCUCUGGUUACGAGGGGGUGAGGAUUCUGACCCUCAGUCCCGGCAGCAUCGUGGUGACCCACGAGGUCUUCUUCACCCUGGUGGUACCCAAGAACGUGAGCCAGGACAUGGAGGACAUCACCCAGGGCCUGGUGCAGACCUUGAAGGACGUGGAGGCUGGACAAGGGGUCUGCCAGCACGAGACGGACAUCCUGUGCCUCAAGGUGCCGCCUGACCCUGUCAUAAGGAGCAUGACAGAGACAUCAGACCUGGAUGAGCUCUGCCGGAUCCGGGCCCCUCCUGGUUACUCUCAGUUCUACUUCACGGACACCGUGGGCGGCCUCAUCUCCUGCAUCACCGCCUGCACCCCCAACAGACCCACCUCGCUGGAUUGCCACUACGGGCAGUGCCGCGUCACCCUCCAAGGGCCCUCCUGCUUCUGCCAGGAUGAAGCCUUCUUCUGGUACUCGGGCCCACAGUGCUCGGGGCGCAUCAGCAAAGUGGCCACAGGCCUGGGGCUGGUGGCCACCGUCCUGCUCCUCACCUGCAUCGUCCUCGGCAUCAUCGUGGCCAGGGAACGCCAGAGGAGGAGGAUGUUGAGUGACCAUCAAUCUUCCGUCGCUGGCUCCUGGUACGAGGAGGACUCCCUCUCCUGGCGCUCGCCUGAUGGCUUCCUCUACAGCGACGUGGGAGCAGGGGGCACCAUCAGGGACCCCAGCACCAGGUCCUGGGGGCGGCCCAGCCCACCCCAGCCCCACCGUGGAGGUGGCGAGAGUCAACGCAGCUUCACGCCUGCACUGGAGAUGGUGGACACGUCCGUUCCGAUGAAGAUCUCCAGGCCACAGGUUGCCACCAAGCUUUGACCCAGGAUGAAGGCCUCAAGCAACGGGGUCUUCUAAGGGGAGACCCAAAUCUGGGCUGCCAGCGCGCGGGACAUGCUGGAAGAUGGAUGAGAUGGGGUUGGAUGACCCAGUGUUGGGUUGGACAACUCAAUAUUGGGUUGGAGAACUCAAUAUUGGGUUGGGGAGCCCAAUAUCGGGUUGAACAACUCAACACGGGGUUGAAGAACUCAACAUGGGGUUGGACAACUCAAUAUGGGGUUGGAGAACCCUACAAGGGGUUAGAGAACCCAAACUGGGCUUGGAGAACCCAAUAAGCCGUUGGAGAACCCAACAUGGGCGUGGAGAACCCAGCGUUGGGUUGGAGACCUUUCAUGCUCCCUAUUUAUUGGGAUGAUGAAGCUUGGGGAGGUCCAGUGAGGAUGAUGCCCCAUCAAAGGGGAUGAAGGACUCCUCAAGGGGUGCUGGCCACCACCGAGGACCUUUCCCUGCUCCGCUUUGAUGUGUUGGAAUAAAGGUUCCAUUUCUAC